AUGGGACUCAGGCCAGAGAUCAAGAAACAGGUUGGAAUGCAAGAGAUUCGUGACUUUCCUACCCUAGUGAAUAAGAGUAGGAUUUAUGAUGAGGAUAGCUGUGCUGAAAAGGCACAUUACCGAAACACUGGAAUCAUGAAGGACAAGAGGCCUAUGCAUCAUAAUAGAGGAAAACCUUACUCCUUCCCUCCUAGUAGAUCUGGAAGGCGUUUGAGUUAUCAACAACACAGUUUUUCAGCUGGAAAAGGAGCUAGUAGUGGUAACAGAAAAGGAAAUGGGAACAGUUAUAGUUAUGGGAGUGGUAGAGGAAACCCCAAUGGACGAGGAGUUAGUAAUGAAAAUAGUAACUUGAGUCAAGUCUCGCACAACAACCAUGGUUAUAAUGGUGAUCCAGCUACUCCUAUCCGAUGUCACAGGUAUGGUAAGAAGGGUCACAUGGCAUACAAAUGUAGAGAUGUUGUAGUUACUUGUUUUAAUAGUCAACAACAACGCCACAUUAGCACCACAUGCCCCUACCCAAGGAAGACUCCACAGCCUAGAAACCAGAGUUCCCAAGCCAGCCGACCUAAAUCCAAUGGAAGAGUCUUUGCCCUUAGUGGUGCAGGAGCGUCUGAGAAAGACAACUUGAUCCAAGGUACAUGUCUCAUAAGUGAUACUCCUUUAUUUGUACUAUUUGAUUGUGGUGCCACUCAUUCCUUUGUGUCUCUUGACUGUGUUAGACGUUUAGGACUACCUGUAUCUCGUUUACGAUAUGAUUUGAUUGUGAAUACCCCAACUAGUGAUUCUGUUGAUACCUCUAGUGUUUGUCUUGACAUUUCUAUCCAUGUCUGUGGAAGGGACUUCCGAGUUGACUUAAUGUGUUUACCUUUGCGUCUGGUUGAUGUGAUUCUUGGUAUGGAUUGGCUAUCUGCCAACCGUGUCCGCGUAGAUUUUCUUAGUAAAACCAUUAAAUUCAUGGAGUCAGAAGAGAGGGAUAAGCCUAUCAAAUAUAUCCACCAACCAAGUGAAGGAACUCUUGAAAGAAGAUGCCCA